CAUGUGGGCAGUAUGUAUCUUCAGUCAUUUCGUUAUUCUCACACGUUAAACAUCUGAGAUAAAAUUAAAUUAAAAAAUAAUAUAUAUAAUAAUAUUUAAAUAAUAUAUUAAUAUUUAUUUAAUUUAAUUGAAAAUAAUUAAUAAAUAAAUAUUAUUGAUAUUUAAUUUACAUUGUGUAAGUUAAUAUGAUUAUUUAAUAUCAAUUAACAUUAAUUGACAAAUUGGAGCAGCUAAAAAAGAAAAAAAAUAUAAAUAAACACAGAAAUUGUGAUUGACGAGUAAUGGCAACUGGGAUAACAUCUACACCUGCGGGUGUACUAUUUGAAAAUGAAUUAGAAAUAAAUAAUACAUCAAUGAUUAAAAAUCAAGAUAAACCAAAACAAAAUAUGAGAAGAGCAAUACUUUGGCCUCAUGUUAUUGUAUUUACUGCUCUUCAUGUUGGUGCUAUUUAUGGUUUUUAUCUAAUGCUUACAUCAACAAAAUUUAUAACUUUAAUUUUCACUUAUGUUCUAUACAUGUGCAGUGGACUAGGAAUCACUGCUGGAGCACACAGACUUUGGUCACACAAUGCUUAUAAAGCUAAUUUUCCACUUCGUGUUGUUCUCAUGAUAUUUCAUUCAAUGGCUUAUCAGUAUACCAUUUGGAGGUGGGCUAAAAAUCAUCGAGUACAUCAUAAAUAUUGUGAUACUGAUGCUGAUCCUCAUAAUGCUGGUAGAGGAUUUUUUUAUUCACAUGUUGGGUGGAUGUUGUGUGAAGAACAUCCAGAUUUUACUGGAAAACUUGAUGCAAUUGAAAUGAAAGACAUUGAAGCUGAUUCAAUUGUUCAAUUUCAAAAUAAAUAUUGUCAUAUUGUUAUGCCACUGAUGGCUUUUGUAUUACCAACAUUGAUUCCAGUUUAUUUUUGGAAUGAAAGUUUUUGUAAUGCAUUUUUUGUACCAACUAUAUUACGUUAUGUUAUUGGUUUAAAUAUGACAUUUCUUAUAAACUCAGCAGCACAUAUAUUUGGUCAAAGACCAUAUGACAAAAAUAUUGGUCCAGCUGAAAAUGUCGUUGUUGCAAUUGGUGCAUGGGGUGAAGGCUGGCACAAUUUUCAUCAUGUAUUUCCCUGGGAUUAUAAAGCAGCUGAACUUGGUAAUUAUCGAUUAAAUGCAGCAACAGCAUUUAUUGAUUUUUGUGCUAAAAUGGGCUGGGCAUAUGAUUUAAAAAGUGUAUCAAAUGAAAUUGUUAAACAAAGAUGCCAAAGAACUGGUGAUGGUAGUCAUGAAAUUUGGGGAUGGGGUGAUAAAGAUCAACCAGCUGAAGAACGUAAAGCAGCAAUUAUUGAAUGUGCUAAAAAAACAACAUAAUUAACUUUGAAAAUUAUAGAUUAAUAAUAAUUUUUCAAUUGUCAAAGUUAGACAAUACAACAUUUACGUAAAUUAAUUAACCAUUCAUUUUUUUAUUUUCUUAGAUAAAUAAUUAUAAUAAAAUCUUUAUCAUUUAAUCACAAAAAAAAACAAAAACAAUUUGUAAAACUUUGUCACCGUGGCCUUCCCAAAAAUGUUAAUAAUUGUUAAUCUUAUUUAUGUGUAAGAUUUAUGUGACAGCUAUUAAAAAAAAAAACAAUCUUUGUAUAAAUUAUUAUUUUUUAUUAAUAUUCAAUACUUAUUUGUUGUUGUUGUUUUUCUUUUCUUUUUUUUUUUUAUACGAGUUUAAAAGUACAAUUGUUAUUUAUUAAAAUUAUCCACUAUACAUAUGGACUCAUAAAAUAUUUUGAACUUUGAGUCAAAUAGACUUGUAUAGAAAAAUUUAAACUGAAUUUAUAAUGUAAACAGGUCAUAGUACUGAUAUUAAUUAUCAAUGACAUGAAAAAUUGUAUUAUAUUGAACGUACGUGUCUAUAUUUCUUUACUAUUAAAAAAGUCAUUGUAUAGUACUUCCUGAAAAUCAGCUUUUUAACACAGAAAUAUAUAUAUCAAGUCUUUCAUUGAUCGUGUUACAUCUUGGCCCCAAUUUUCAUGAGGUCAACAUUGUCGUGCUCAAUGGUCUAUUGAGCACUUAUUCAAAUGCAAUAAUAAAACAAAAACUAACAAUUGUACUAAAAAAUAUAAAAUAAGAAGAAAAAAAAAAAAA